AUGGUGAGGCCUGAAGGGGAGCGGUAUCGUAUGACUUCUGGGAAGUUGGUGGUCAACAUCGCAGAGAACACGGAGAUAUCGCACAAAGAAACUCUUGGUUAUAUGAACCCUGAUGCGAGCUUCACCAACAAUGAGGGCGAGCGCCCCGUUUGGUACGAGUAUAAUAUAUGA